CACUGAGCCAGUGUUUGGACAGAUUGAAGCUCUCGCCAACCAGUGGGCAGACACGGGAACCAAGAUCGCUGAUCUUGAAACACAGCUUAGCCGGUCCCUUGGAUCGGGCUCCACCUCCAAAGUUGCUAGAAGCAGUGGAUGCACUGGAAGCCUGGAUCCGGAGUGUCCAGCAGGCCCUGGAAUCCGAAAAGUCCCAUGUGAACACAAUGGAGGUCAUGGAAGAUCAGCUACAGAAGUAUAAGGAAAUGCAAGAAACUGUUGACGAAGAGGAGUCCAACUUGCAAUACGUUACCAGCACUGGAAAGGAGAUGUUGCGCAAGGAGCCCGAUGCGCCCUGGGCUCGAGAGCUGCGAGACAAACUGCACAGUCUGGGCAACUGCUGGGACCGGGUUCGCUCUUUGCUCAAGGAGCGGCUCCAGUUUCUGCGAAAGCAUAUGUUGGUGCUCAAGAGAUUCCAGGAGGAAAUGAAAAGUGUCCAGAAGUGGAUCAGUGAUGUGACUUCUUUCCUUGAGGAUGAAGAUGUUGCGUACGGUGACCUGGAAAAGCUUGAGGCACAGUUGGAGCAAUCAAAUGCCCUUGAUGAUGACGUCGGUACUAUACAAAACAAUGUUGACAAUAUUAACUUGGUUGCUGAGGGUCUGAUACAAGAUUCGGAAGAGGAGUUUGGGGAUACCCUGCAGAGGCAGGUUGAUGAUCUCAACAGGCAUUGGGAUAAGGUGAUGGAAAUGGCUCGAAAGAAGAAUGCUACCCUAAAGAGAGCUGUGGAGACAGGCCGGUGUGCCUCUGAAGGUAUUGCCGACUUAUGUGAGUGGUUACGGGAGCUGGACAUGGAGAUACCACGAGAGAAACCCAUCAACACUGCUUCAGAAUUGCAGGCCAGGAUCAGAAAGUUACAGGCAUGUAAGGACAAGCUGGACUCUAAGCUUUCCGAGUACAACAGGCUGAAAGAAGCUGGCACAAAGCUUGCUCAAGGGAACAAGACAAAGAGUGCUGAGGAUGCACGACGUGAUGUGGCUGCACUCACCAAGCUUUGGGGGGAUGUGCAGGAAAAGAUAACCAAGUACCACCAGUCUCUGAAGCAAUCAGGGACAAACUAUGCUGAAUUUCGAAAUGCCAUCAUGUUAGAGAAUGACUGGCUCGACAGAUUGGAGAAGAAACUGAAAAGAUCACCAGAGUCAGCUGCUGAUGCUGAAGAGAUUUCUGAGAACCUUGACGAUUUGGAGAACUUUCUGCGCAACCACCCAGAUGAUCGAAUUCCCAAGAUACAGCAGCUCUGUGAGGAGCUUGUGGAGAAAGAGGUGCUAGUCGGACUAGUCCAGCACGAAGCGGAGUCGGCUGUGAAGCGUUGGGAGGACCUGACACGUCAGGGCAGCGAGCGGCAGCAAGUUCUCGAGAACAGCAUCGUGCAGUACCAAAAGUGCGAGCGGCAGAUCUUGAGCGUCCAGAGCUGGAUGAAUCACAUGGACAAUGCAUUGCAGAACAGGCUGGACAAUGACAUCAGUGCUCAGGAUGUGCCUGACGAGUUGGCUCAAUUCAAGCAAGAAUUCCUUGAGAAAGAGGAGCAGUUGAAAAGCCUAAGUGAUCAGGUUGAUGCAUAUCAUGCACAAAAUAGGGUCGAAGCUGCAUUACGCCUAGAUGAACAGCUGCAGCUCAUGAAGAUGAAAUUCGAGGACAUAUCGGCAAAGCUCAAGAGGUUUCAGUGCCCCGAUGACUUUGAACCCAAGCUGGGACGAAUUAGCAAGUUGCUAACAGAAGUGGAGCAAGGGAUGAAGCAACUUGACCUCAACUCUGAGAGUCCCGACAAGAUUCAAGACCAACUAGUGCAGUGCAUGCAUUUCUACAAGACCUUGAGUGAAGUGAAGAGUGAAGUGGAGCAAGUGAUUCGCCAGGGACGGCAGCUGGCUGAGAGUGGCGAAGCGGAUAGGCCCUGCAACCUCAACCAGAAGUUGGACAGCAUUAAGAGUCACUACAACCAGCUAGGCGCAAAGGUGACGGAGAGCAAGAGUGUUCUUGAGCAAGCUCUACGCCUAGCUCGGUGUCUCCAGAAAGAGAUGAUCGCCCUUCACAACUGGAUGGCUGCAACUAUGGAAGAAAUCGAGAAGCCUCAUGGUACUGAAGACGAGCUCAAGUUUGCAGAGGGCAAGCUGCGCGAGUUGGAGCAGAAGAAGCCUUCGAUGAUUGCCAUUGUUGAGCUCAGUGAGGGAUUGACAGCGCUUGCGCCUGGCCACAAGCUUCCCUCGCUGGCCAACACUGUGCGCACGCUCAAGCAGCAGUGGGCAGCUAUUGAUGACAGCCUGCGCAAGAAGGUGCCUCUCGGUCCCAAGGAUGUGGAGAAGAUGUUCUCCCGCUUCUGCAACCACCUGACGGCCAUCAAGACGUGGCUUGAAGGGGCUGAGCUUUACUUUGUUGCCAAGACAGAGUACAAGGAGUCGGCUGCUGGGCAAAGAAAGCUCAAGAGCUUGCAGAUGGAGAUGGCUGAACAGAACACAAGGGUGCAGAUGCUCAAGGAGGAGGCGCUUGAGCUGUUGCGUCAGGGACCCAGAUACAGCAAGACUGUUGAGUCCGAGCUGAGUGCCCUCAGCGAGAGAUGGAACGCUGUGGUCGAGAAGCUCAAGACCACACAGACCUUAGAACCAGUAUGUAUAGAGGUUCAACGAUCCGUCCUGAAUGACUGAGGGCGUCACCUGUCAACCUGUCAUCAACUUCAUCAGAGGCAGACUUGUCAGCGAUUGAGCAGCUUGAGGCCAAACUACGCCAGGUGAACAAGAGGGUUGAGGCUCUGGAGACACACCUUGACAAGGGUGUUGAACUUGUCACCAAUGAUGUCCUUGAGGAGAGUGAGCAGACAAUAAAGAAGCUCUCUUCUGAGAUUGAGCACUUAGGGCUGGCCGUGGACCAGGUGUCGACAGACGUUGACAGGGCUGCACCGCGCCUGGGUCCCGUGCCUACGGCUCUCGAGCGCCUCCGGUCAGAGGCCGAGGCAUUAGAGUCCAAGUGGAACACGGUGCGGAAGGCAGCCGAGCAGCGCCGCUCCCACUAUCAAGACCUGGUGGUGCGCUGGAAGCUCCUGCAGCAGCAGACGGAUGCAACUGUGGUGCAGAUGGUCUUGCUGCUGAGAAAUCUUGAGCACGC